ACGACAAAUACAACGAAUCAUGGUGUGGGAGUGUGGCAUUUGCAAUUUAGCGUCGACCACGAAUCAUGAUAAGUCUAUCUCUUCCUGUUUCUGCACAGCUCAGCUCUUCUCCUUCCAUCAAACCCAGAAGUCUUUCUACCCCAAAGGCAGCUUCCGUUCAAUUUCAGAAAAACUCUGAUUUCCAAGUUCUCAAAGACCGUUUGAUUCGCCAGGCCAAUGGGGGCAACAUCCGCCAAGCUAUUUCGACCCUUGAUCUCAUUUCCCAGAUGGGCUUCACCCCGGACCUCGCCUCCUAUGCCGCCCUCCUCAAAUCUUGCAUCAGAACCCGUAACUUCAAACUGGGUAAGUCAAUCCACUCUAGACUCGGGGUUUCACCACUCGAACCAGAUACUAUUGUUCUCAACUCACUCAUAAGCUUGUAUGCGAAAUGCGGUGACUGGGAAACUGCAAAAGAAAUUUUCGAUGCAAUGGGUGCACGGAGAGACAUGGUUUCAUGGAGUGUUAUGAUUUCGUGCUAUGCUCGUUGUAAUAUGGAAAGGGAGGCCGUCUUAACAUUCGUUGAAAUGGUUAGUUUUGGAGAGUAUCCGAACCAGUUCUGCUUCUCAGCAGCUAUCAAAGCUUGUUCUAAUGCGAGUGAUUGAUUUAUUUUCCAAAGGGCUUGGCGACUUAGAAUCCUCUCAGAAGGUGUUUGAAGAAAUGCCUGAGAAAAACUCUGUUUGCUGGACUCUCUUGAUCGCUAGAUUAUCUCAAUUGGGUAAUACAAAGGAUGCAAUCCACCUGUUCGAGGAAAUGCUUUUGAAUGGGUUCACCCCAGAUAGAUUCACUCUUAGUAGCAUUUUAUCAUCUUGUGCUGAUAUGGGGUUGGGGUGGCUAUCAUUUGGACAGCAGCUGCAUUGUUUGGUCAUGAAGUCUGGAUUGUCAAUGGAUGUGUGGGUCGGAUGCAGUUUGGUUAACAUGUACUCCAAAAGCUCUACAGAUGGAUCAAUGGACUACGCAAGGAAGGUUUUUGAUCGAAUGUCUCAUCAUAAUGUCAUGUCUUGGACUGCACUCAUCACAGGAUAUGCACAAACAGGAGGUGAUAGAGAAGCUAUUAACUUGUACUGUAUGAUGAUUGAAACCCGUGUUAAACCAAACCAUUAUACAUUUUGUAGCCUUUUGAAAGCAUGUGGGAAUCUUUCCUGCCCUGAUAUUGGCCAGCAGAUUUAUAACCAUGCUGUAAAAUCAGGUCUUGCAGCCAUGAACUGUGUGACUAACUCUUUGAUAAGUAUGUUUGCCAAAUCAAGUAGGUUUGAUGAUGCAUGGAAAGCUUUUGAAUUUCUCUUUGAGAAGAAUUGCAUUUCCUAUAACAUAAUUGCUGAUGGAUAUGCCAAGAACUUGGAUUCCUCUAAAGCUUUUGAACUUUUCAACCAAACUGAAGAGUCUGGAGUUGAAGUUGAUGCUUUCACCUUUGCGACUCUCUUGAGUGCUGCUGCAAGUAUAGGGGCAGUUAGUAAAGGGGAAGAAAUUCAUGCUCGACUCCUAAAAUCAGGGUUCCAGACUAAUCAAUCUGUCUGCAAUGCUUUGAUCUCCAUGUAUUCAAAAUGUGGUAACAUCGAGGCUGCUUCUCAAGUAUUCAAUGAAUCCAAAAACAGGAACGCAAUAUCUUGGACUUCAAUCAUAACAGGUUUUGCCAAACACGGUUUCGCUAAGAGAGCUUUAGAGUUGUUCUGUGACAUGGUCAGUUCAGGUGUGAAACCAAACGAGGUCACAUAUAUUGCUGUUCUAUUAGCUUGCAGCCAUGUUGGGUUGGUAGAUUCUGGAUGGAAACAUUUCAACUUGAUGUCCAUAGAACAUGGAAUUCGUCCGAGAAUGGAGCAUUAUGCAUGCAUGGUUGAUCUUCUAGGUAGAUCCGGAAAUCUUGAGAAUGCGGUAAGGUUCAUUAAAUGCAUACCUUUCACCCCUGGUGCCAUUAUCUGGCGCACAUUACUGGGAGCUUGUCAGGUUCACGGAAACAUGAUGCUUGGAGAGCAUGCGGCCAAAAUGGUUCUUGAGUGGGACCCACAAGACACAGCAGCACAUGUUCUGUUGUCCAACAUAUAUGCGUCCACUGGAAACUGGGAAGAAGUGGCACGAAUCAGGAAAGACAUGAAAGAACGCAAAGUGGUGAAAGAAGCUGGCUGUAGCUGGAUAGAAACCGGAAACAAGAUGAACAAGUUUUAUGUAGGGGACACUAAGCAUCCACAGGCAAAGGAGAUACACCGCGAAUUGGAUCGACUGGUUGUGGAAAUAAAGGGACUGGGUUACAUCCCAAACACAACCUUGGUGCUCCAUGACGUGGAGGAGGAGCAUAAGGAGCAAUAUCUAUUCCAGCACAGCGAGAAGAUAGCAGUAGCUUUUGGGCUAAUAAGCACAGCCAAACCAAAGCCCAUUCGGAUAUUCAAGAACCUGAGAGUGUGCAAGGAUUGCCAUACUGCAAUGAAGUACAUAUCAAUAGCGACGGGUAGAGAAUUAGUUUUGAGAGAUUCCAAUAGAUUUCACCAUAUCAAAGAUGGAGCUUGCUCUUGCAAUGAUUACUGGUAAUAUUAACCAUCAGUAUCUGAAUUUUCGGGACAACUGGUGCAUGUGUAGAAGUCCAUUGGAUAAAAACAGCAGGAUCACCAAUAUUCAAUUGAGCUAUAUCUAUUGUGAAUUGAAUCUCACUAUUCCUUCUAAAGAAGGUUGCAAUAGGAAGGACAUCUGACAUCAAUAUUACAAAAAAUCCAAAAUACUGAUGGCUUAAGUGAGCGAAUACAUUUGUAGGACUUAUAAACAAUUAACCAUGGAUUAACUAUGACCUAGCAACCAAUUUUGAACUAAAUUGUAUGUAAAACUCUAUGGACUACUUCAGUAUAGACAGGUGACCAAUGAGUGUUAUUGAGUGGUCAAAUAAGAUCCAUCGGUGGAACGUAACUAAAAUGAGCUCCAAUUACUGGCACAAAACACUAUUUAUGGUGUAUCAUUGCUUGUGCCAUGAUUUCAAUAACCACAUGGUUCCACAUUGUUUAAUGCAAAACUAAAUUUGCCGGGUCUCUUCCCAUUACUGAAGGUCAAAAGGUUUGAAAUCGAGAAGACUGAAUUGUGAGGUAAGGUGCGGACUUUGCAGCCAAGGGUGUGAAUCGUUGUUGCAUAUUUUCGUCAGGUUGCCCGUUGUUGCUGCUAUUUGGUGUUCCUUGGGGUGGGGUUUGCUGGAUGAUUCAGUGGAUACCUUCAUCAAUUGGGUGCAAGUUAGUUUCCAAGGUAGAAGCGAAGAGGAACGUAGCUGGUUAAGGCAGUGUUUGCCGCUUGAAAAAAACACUUAUCUACUUUUAGCCUUAAAAAAGUCAAAAGUGGUGUUUGUAAACUGAAACUUCGGCUUAUUUUAAGCAACUUUAAGCUGAAAGUUGGAAGUUGGAUUAUACAUGCUUUUAUUUGUGUAUAGGGUUUUUGGUAAAUACAUCCAACUUUUAGGAUAGUUUUUAUUCCUAAUUAUUUUGAUUAAUCCCUGGACUACCCUUCGUCCCCACAGGCCACAACCUUUGUACAACUGCCCGCGAAGCUUUCUCUCCUUUGUGGCCUCUCAAAGACAUACCCCACUACAUCUAGAUCUGCCUUUUCCUCUCCGCAAAGCCAUGACACUUUAAUCUAAGUUUGAUGACAUCCCUGGAGGAAAGAAGUGGUGAAAAAAACCAUGUUCCUCCAUUUUUGAAGAAAAACUUU